AUGCAGAAGGAGGUCAAGCAGGCCCCGGGGGACGAAGAUGAUGAGAACAAUGAUGGAUUUGGAGAUGAUAUCAAUUCAUCACAAAUUGACCCAAGAACUACUGAGAACGAAGUGCAAAGCAAGAAGAAAGUUAGAUUUGAAGAUGUAGAUAACGCAAACAAGCAAGAUGAUGACAUAGAGUACAAAUCGAUGAAAGGCAAUCAAGGAUCUGUCUCUGGAGCCUCAUGUAAAGAUGAGGCUGCUAAUAAACAAAGGAAUAAUGACGACCACAAUGAUGGCGGUUCAAAUGAUGGGGCCAACAACCGAAAGAAGACCAACAAAGCCAAACCAGCCAGCAAACAAUCAGUAUCUGCUGAACCAUCAUCACACAAAGAUCAGUCUGGUGAUAAAUCUAAAGGUGCGUCAUCCAAGGAUGAUGAUAAAGGUGCAAAGGACGACGAUAAAGUAGCAAAGGAUGACGACAAAACAUCAAAGGAUGAUGUUAGCAUCAGAGAUGAUGGAAAGUAA